UCGAGGACGGAACAUAAAGGCCCUUGCACUCGAGAACUUGUACUGCGUAUUCUGCUAGUUGUACUGAUCCCGCGGAGAAUAUAUCAGUGUGGAUUUCCCUUUUAGAGACUCGAGAUUCCCUGUGGAGGUACAAACCAGCAACUUUCCGAUCCUAUAUGAUUCGAGGGAGACACCAAUAAAGAAACGAAAGCUGUUAUAAAGCCAAGUGACUCCUGCUGCGCGUGGCAGCGCCCAAGGGCCGAGGGGCGCCCAUUCCCCGUUUGCAGCCGAUUCCUUCGGCGUUCCAGCGGAGGUUUCGAAGUCGGGAUCCUAAGCGCCAGACCCCUACAUCCUUUCCCCGAGGGAAGCCGCACGUCCCGCCAUCAUCGACGAAAUCUGCACUACACCGACCAGCGUGCAGUGGAGGCGAGAACGCCGAAGGGGAGCCUCGUAGUUCCGCCCCAUGAGAGGAAGCCCCAGGGGAGCCGCCCCGAGCACAGUGACGACGUCACUGCUGUAGUCCCGCGGGACGAUGGUCGCCACGCCCAGCGCCGCCUUCGCACGGGCUCUCCUCGCCCCCCUUCUGCUAUUGCUCUUCUCAGGGAACUCGACCCUCGAGGCGCUCCCUGACGCGGGUCUGCCGCAGGAGGCCAGCCAGGGCAGCCGCAUCAUCCCGCCUUUUUCUCCAUCUCUGGAACGCGCGCGCUCCCUGGGCUCGUCCCCCGUCACGCCGCAGGGGAGAGGCAACAGUGCUUCUCCGGAGAAUCCACCAAGAAGCCCCUCCCCGGGCACGAGGGAGGGCGCGGAGGCACCCCAGGGCAGACCAGGGGAUGACGCCGGGGCACUGGCACCGUACGGUAAAGGGCUGAGCAGCGACGAGGGCCGGCGCCGGGGAGACGAGGAUGUGCCCCCACUGAGCGAGCUGCCCCUCGACGACGACGACGCGGAGCCUGACUGCCCUCCCUCGCUGCCGGAGGGCUACAUCACCUGGAGGAGAGACAGCAGACUGGUCACAGCGACUCUCCCGCAUAUGGUCCCAAGAUCGUGCUUGCCGCCCCUCAAGUGCAGCGUGUCAACUACCGUCCACCGGCGAGUAUUCCUGCAGGACGGAGACACCUUGGAGGUCAUCCUCCAGGCGCCCCCGGACUAUACCCCGCCCACAUCCUCGGAGUACGUCCCUCAACCAACGCCCACGCCGCCCACGCCAGCUCCAGUCACAACACCCGUCGCUACAACAAUAGCAGCAACAACUACUACAACAACAACAAUAGCAACUACAACAACAACAACAACGACAACAACAACAGAGAUCGAUACAAAUGAGACUUUCACGGCAGACGCAGAGACGACAGAUAUCGCAGGCCAACAGGGGCAUGAGCUGCUGGAUCAGCACGAGGCCGACGUGACCUCCACCGCGGCCUCCAGGCAGCCGCAGGAGCCAGCCGAAGAGCAAGGGCCAUUCGCCCCACAGGAGUCUCAGCACGAGAGGAAAGAGGCGACGACUCAGUUGCACUCAGAACCUGUCGCCCAAAACCAGACUCACCUUUUCGCUCGCGAAGACAACCACCCGACGGGAGCCUCGACCUCAACCACCUCCGGGAGAAACAAAAGGCAGGUUGUGGGCGGCGCCCCCCAUUACCCGCAGUUCUCCGCCUCAACCAAAAAGCCUCCGGCACACAAGCUGACGAAAGAGAAAGAGGAUUCGGAAGCGAAAGCGCUCGCCGAGAAGUCAAGAAGACUGGAGAAUCAGACUGCAAAUUCUCCUCUCACAAUAUGGAGGGUGAGCGUGGCGGAGUGGGCGUCGUGCAGCACGCGCGAAGGAGGCCAGAUCGGGGAGGGAGGCGAGAACGGCGUCGUGACCGUCGACUCCAGGUUCCUCCAGGCCGGCACCAACUAUUUCAUCGGUCGAUCUUCGUGGUCCUCAACGGAGUGCUUCAAGUUGCAGGUCAUGGUUAGGUCAGCAGAAUGCGGCGAAGGGCAAAUCUGUUCCGGGAAAGGAACCUGCUUCACCAAUGCCUCUAUGGAGCACUUCCAAUGCCGUUGCUGCGAUACCUACACGGGGUCUCACUGCGAGGAGCUGGAUGCCUGCGAGCCGAACCCGUGUCUCAACUCGGGGAUCUGCGUGGACAUCCAGGAGGGGCAUGACGGGGACACUUUCCAGUGCCUGUGUCCUUAUGGGUACCGAGGGAGGUACUGCGAAGAGUGGACCAACCUUUGUGAGUCUCGACCCUGCCAGAACGGCGGCACGUGCACAGGCAAUCACUCGUCCUACACAUGUCUCUGUUCCCCCGGCUGGACGGGGACUCAGUGCAGCGAGCGUGAGGAAGUGACAGAACUCAGCAGCAACAACGAUGAGGCUUGCGCGAACAGCCCUUGCAUUCACGGUGUCUGCGUGGAGACCCAAUCCCAAGGCGUUAGGUGCUUUUGCUUGCCAGGAUACGGGGGUUCGCGUUGCCAGUUUGAGUACAAUGAGUGCGAAUCCAGCCCGUGUAUCAACGGCGGAACUUGCGUCGACAUAGUUAGCGGCUUCCAGUGUCUGUGCGGCAGAGGCUACACGGGGAAACGCUGCCAAGUCAAGUUCGACCUUUGUAAGCCGGACCCUUGCCCGGCGACGAAGGUGUGCGUCGACAAGGGUAACAGCUACUCGUGCGAGUGUCUCAACGGCCUCAGCGAAGACAACUGUGGUCAUCACAAUCUCGUGUGCAUGCCUAACCCGUGCGAAAACGGGGGUACCUGCUGGAUCGUCCCGGAAGUGCACGUGUUCUUCUGCUCGUGUCGGCCGGGGUUCACGGGGAGGACGUGCCAAGGUAUCGCCCCGGACGUCCACGACGAGGCCGUGCUGGAGACGGUGGGCGCUGUGGGCACGGCCGAGCCCCACGGCCUCCUGGACGUGCGCCUCCCCGUCGACCGCCCGCUCAACCACAUAAAGAACAUCUACGUCGCUUUUGCCACCCUGGCUGCGGCGCUUCUCAUUUUCAUUGUUGUGGUGGGCGCGUGCCACUGCCGGCUGAACAGGACUUACCGGAAGUGCUUCGUGAAGCUCCCGCGCCCUGGCAAAGUGCUGCACACCGUGAGGCGACCGCGGCCCACCUCGCUCUUCGACAAGGCCAGCAGACGCGAGCGGAACGGGGCCCUGCGCCUGGAGACGGACCCCGACGGCGCGGCGAUGCCCAUGACCUCCUGCAACUCCAACUCGGAUGCCGUCUACUACAACAUGGACGCGUGCGACAACCAGGAGCUGCCCCUCAUCAAGUAGGCCGGCGGAGGAAGAGGAGGCCCUCGGCUGCCUCCCCCCCGACCGCCCCUCGCCGCCGCUGCGCCUCCCGAGGGCCCUGGAGUGAUGAACCUAUGACGGAGUCUCGUUACUGAAACACCUACGUUAAUUCGUUUGUCCAUUGUCUUCUAGAUUUUGCGCAUAGUCAAGCUCGAAUACUGGUCUGUAGUUGCAAACGAGAGUAGUUUGACAAAUUUAUUUUCUUGUUUCUUACUUAGAGAUUCAUAUUUUUUGUGGUCAAUGGAUAGUGAAGACGCGCAGCACCAUUACUUUUAACCAUUCGUAGUUUGUUGUCAACAAAUUCUAGUCGAUAAGUGUAUCGCAGGCCAGAUGCAUGAUUAGAUAACUCAAGAAAAUAUAAAGAGAAAAGGACCUAUCAACACCUACCCGAUGUAGAUGAGAGUUUUGCAGGUAUUAUUCUGCUCUCAUAGUGAACUCGGAACGUGAGGCUACCGGGCUUUUGUAAUAACUGCCGCGCCUUUAAGUUCCGGCAUUUCCCGCAGAUAUAGGCUUACCACAAAAUGAGUUUAUAUCUCUCGCCAUCCAGUUUUAUCGACAUGAGAUCUAUCUCUAAGGUAUAUUAUAAGUAAGGCCUAUGUUCACGUUUGUUUUCGUAGCGUUCUUCCAGUGUAGCGUUCACGACUUCAGAUAGAAUAUAGCGGUCAUCCAAGUUGAUCAUAUUUUCUUGCACAUUUGAUUUUUUAACAAUGCACAAUAUCAGACGUUUUGCAUGUUAAGCACCCACACUCGUAUACAUAAACUGAUAUUAGUAUGAGCCAAGAACUAAUUAUAUCAUGUAAAUGACAGUGAACGUGAAGAGGGGUACUCCUCAUGGAAAGAAAAGAAAGAUGGACAAUCUAUUAACUUGGGAGUGCAAACACGAGUGUGUAACCUGGAAAUUAUAUUGUGAAUGAACUAUCGUUUACAAAAGCUCUCAACCUACCAGUGAAAAUGAUUCAAUGUGCACGUCAAAUGCGUUAUUCAACAGAAGAAUUAUUUUCUUAAUCUAAACUGACUGAACCUGAAUCUACUGUUGCAAUUGACGUGUGAGACUUGUUGAUAAGUGUCAGCUAGAUGAUGCCAAAGCCGAGAGUUUUGUAAACAAAUGCACACAUUUGGACCUUGCUAAACUUGGAAAUUUUGCUGGGAAUAAUCUACAAAGCGCGGGAUACAAGGAGACUCGUUUGUUUCUUCUCUUACAAGGAGCAUCUUCAAUGGUGUUUCGCAUUACCUGAUAGUUGUAUUUAUAGUCGGUUGAUUUAAAACAGAAUAGAUUCAAAUUUUAAAGGGUAUUAUUGAUAUUCUUCAAUUUUCGAGCCUACUUGUCAGAUAUGAUUGUAAUGUAUAAAUGUCCAUAGUCUCUUCUUGAUAUCAAACAUUACUCUGUCUUUUCCAAGGACAAAGAAAAAGAAAAAUGCGAGAGGAUUGAUUUUUUUCUUCUUUUAUUAUCAUUAUUGUUGUUAUUAUCAUUAUUUUAGCUUAAUGCCCUGUCAGUAGUGAUGGUUACAUUCAUCCGAGUGUGUAUUCUUAAGGAUAUAGUUGUUGUAUACAUGUAUUUUCAUUAUUUUUCGAUUUUAAUCCAUUAGACUACCACAGCUGUUAACCCUUCUCCUGAGCCGACCAUUCACACAUCGAUGCCAAGACCUUCAGCCGAAUCAGCUGCGGAACCAAACCCGCCACUUCUCUGUGAGCUGCUGCCGUAGCCUGUGGUGCUCUUUAUGCUUCCAGAAAUACUUCCGUCGCUCCUAUUUACAUCUGCCUCUACCACUCAUGCUAUUCUAAUUAGCACAAGUACUGUGACUACUGUUGCAGUAACGAUUUUUUUUUUCAUCUAGAAAUACUGCACUGCUACUUCACCUGUAGUACCGCUGCCACAUCAGAUUCCACCAUCGAUGCUUUAGGAAUAUGGUUUUAUCACUUCUGCACCAAUACAGAAUUUAGCAACGGCUCCGCUGUCCUCGGAUAUAGUUUAGUUUUGUCAAAAAUUCCCGUUAAUUCUUUUUCCUAUAUUAUUUGCCGUAAACCUUUUUAAUUCCCUUAACCAUACUAAGAAAAACAAACACUUGUUCCGUAUCCGAAAGCUUCCCUGUGCCAUGUGUACAUUUUUUCUCUCUUUUUUCCUGUUUGUUAAACGCUCAAGGGUGUUCAAGCCUUAUUAUAAGCCUACCUGUCGCGGGUGCGUCCAU